AUGGCGGCCAAGAGACAUCACUUUUGUACAGGAAUUGUUCCGGAAGUGACAGGAGAUGCCCUUAAUGCAGAUAUCUGCAUCACACCGGAACCUUGUUUGCUUUCUCCGCAUACCGAUGGAUGUGGAAACCAUGGCUGGAUGUGGCAAUGUGGACACCGUAACCUAUCCGUGAUACCUCAUGCAGUUGUUAAAAGGUAUCGUGUCCAUGUAGAUUAUGUUAUUUUACGCCUGCGUAGUCGAUGGAAAGGCGUCAUUCACGUUUCAAAUUCUGACGAGUUUCGGUUUGAUGCUUUCGUCACCUACACCGAGGAAGACUACCAACUCGCCUGCAUUACUUUUUACCAAGCUCUGACCAGUCUGGGUUUCAAAAUCAGCAUACCCGACAAAGAUUUUUUACCCGGAAUAUCUGAAGCGGAACAACUACUCCAAUGCAUCGACCAGAGUCGAAAAGUUGUCAUUAUUGUUACCGAAAAUUUUCUAGAAAACGGCUGGAACUCGUAUGCUGUGCAAAUGGUUGUUACUCAUGCUUUUCACAACCAAAGGGAACAGUCAAUUAUAGUGAUAAUUAAAGAUGACAUUCCCAUUGAGCGAUUGCCGAGGGAUCUGAAAUACAUCUGGUGGACCAUUGUCAGCUUGAGAUGGCCAAAUGGAAUCGAGAACAUGGAUUUAUUCUGGGAAGAGAUUGCUGCUGCUAUACGCACUUGGUAA